GAAAGCGGUUCAUUGUCUCUGUCGGCAGCUCGGAGCCACGGCGGUGGCGAGAGGCGGCGACAAGGUGAAGGUGACAUGCUAAUCGGAAGCAUUUGUCAGUAUUUCUUAGUUGCAACAGUUGCUUCAAGUGAGGCACACAGGGCGCACCUCUGCCCGGUCGUCCUCGGACUGUUUGAAUUUGAGGACGCUAUUGAGCCAGUGCAGACAGAGUCUCAAGAAACAAAAGGUUGUGCACGUAAUCCAGCAUUAGGUAUUAAUUUUUCAGUAGAAGAAAUCAAUCUGGGAAAUCAACAGAAUCACAGAAUAUCCUGAGCUGGAAGGGACCAACAACUGAGUACAUUAUUUGAGCUCCCUUGCCACUUGGGGUCAAGUCUGAUUUUGUCAGCGAGAUGGCAGCUGAAGUGGCAGUAAUGCUAGAACAUGUGGCCCCUCUGCUGCUUCUCCUUUUCCCCCUCCGUGUUUGCAGUUGGCAGGCAUGCUAUAGUCAGCUUUUUUCAUCGCACUUCCUCAGCGAGAAUGGCAAGGAUUCGGAUUCCUAGCACAAUUGUUAUAAUUUUUGUUGCGGUUCAGACUGGAUUCUUACUCUUCAUGUAUGCCCGGUACAGUAGCUUCAUGCCUCAGUCUGAGGAGAAACCAUCAAAAGUCCACAUACUUAUUCUCUCCUCUUGGCGGUCAGGAUCUUCUUUUGUCGGUCAACUUUUCAGCCAGCACCCGAGUGUCUUCUACCUGAUGGAACCUGCAUGGCACGUGUGGGUUACAAUGUACCAGAACAGUGCCAAAGUCUUACACAUGGCAGUGCGGGACUUAGUCAGGUCGGUCUUUCUGUGUGAUAUGUCUGUGUUUGAUGCUUACAUGCCUUGGAAAAGAAACUUAUCCGAUCUUUUCCAGUGGGCAGCAAGUCGGGCUCUGUGUUCAGCUCCUGCUUGUGACUCUUUUCAACGUACUGAUAUAACCAGUGAAUUGGCAUGCAAGACUCUUUGUGGACGGUAUCCAUUCAGCAAGGUAGAGGAAGCCUGUAAAACUUACAGCCAUGUCGUCAUCAAGGAAGUUCGAUUCUUUGACUUGAAGGUCCUAUACCCCCUCCUCACUGAUCCAUCCCUGAAUCUCAAAAUUAUUCACCUCGUCCGCGACCCCAGGGCAGUCAUUAAGUCACGGGAACAAUCGGUCAAAGCAUUAGCCCGUGACAAUGGAAUUGUCUUGAGUACCAAUGGCACUAAAGUGGAAGAUAGCAAAUACAAAGUAAUGCAAGAGGUUUGUAGAAGUCAUGUUCAGAUUUAUGAAACAGCUACUCUAAAACCACCUAAUUUCCUGAAAGAUCGCUAUUUAAUGGUCCGUUUUGAAGAUCUGGUAAGAGAUCCAUUAUCAGAAAUCUCAGAAAUGUAUAAAUUUGCAGAUCUUAGUUUGACUCCCAGGCUCAAAAGCUGGAUCUAUAAUAUCACACAUGGACAGGGACCGGGGAAAAAAAAAGAGGCCUUCAAAAUAACAUCCCGAGAUGCAGUUAGUGUUUCACAGGCCUGGAGAAAUGUUCUUUCCUUUCAGAAAGUUAAGAAAAUACAGGAAGUUUGCAAAGGUGCUAUAAACAUUCUUGGUUAUCAGCUAGUGGAUUCAGAAAAAGAACAAAGAGAUCUGACAUUGGAUUUGGUGUUGCCAAGACGACAAAAUCAAUUCAGUUGGUCAUCAUUUAAUCCAAAGAACUGAGACAUUUUUGAGAGAUCUGGGGAGGUGGGGCAGGGUAGUUUUUUGAAUAUUUCUAUACUGUGCAGCAUAUAGUAAUUGGAAAAUCCUUGGCAGAUGACUAUCUUUUCGUCUACUCCUUUUCUGUUAAUGUAAGAAGUUUGUUUUUUUUUUUUCUGAGGUUUUUUCAUAGUAAAAAAAAAGGCAGCAAGAUACUUGUCAGCUUGUUACUGUGCUGCUCAGAGCAUUGUUUUAAGAAUAUAAGUUAAGCACUUUCUAUUAAAAGAUGGAUUUUCAAAGA